AUGGUCGCCCGCCUCUUCACAACAGUCUUGGCCCUCGCCGCCGCAGUCGCCGACGCAGGCUCGGUCAGUGUCUACUACAGCAGUGGCUGCACCGGCCAAGUCAACUCGUACUUCACUGGAUCCACCCCGGUCUACUGCAACACGCAGACGGGCUCCUCGAUCGGCUAUACACUGGACUCGGCCUGUAGCCUCAUCUUCUACACCGACAGGACUUGCAGCAAUGUCCAGAGGAGGGUUGCCUCCGCUGCCAGGGGGUGUCAGAACUUUGCGGGGACGGGAGGUUCCUGGAAAUUCGUCUGCUAG